AUGCAGAGCACGGCGUUCACUCUCUCCCCUCCGUCUCCCUCCCUCAGAUCCCCGGCCUCCGGGCGACGCCCCUCCUUCGGCCUCCGACUCUAUCCCAUCCGCUUCUCCGCUUCUUCCUCUUCCUCUUCCUCCUCCUUCUCCUUCUCCUCCAGAGCCAGUGAUGUGGCUCCUGCGAGCGCCAUUCCGAGCCUCUCCGCCUCCUCGCUCCCCCGCCGAUCGUGGUGCCUCGGCUCGCCUCCCUCGAGGCCGUGGGGCGGAGUGCCGCUCCUCGGCUUCGAUCCCGAGGCGAGGGGUUUCGAGGCCAGGGCGACGUCGGUGCCCGAGACCGCCGAUGAAGGAGAGAAGUCGGGUGGGUUGGGGAAGACCAUGGAGCUCGGACUGCUGUUCGGCCUCUGGUACCUCUUCAAUAUUUACUUCAACAUUUACAACAAGCAGGUCUUGAAGGUGUUCCACUACCCUUCCAAUGUCACUCUGGCUCAAUUUGCUGUUGGGUCUGUGCUUGUUAUUGUGAUGUGGACUUUUAAUCUCUAUAAAAGGCCCAAACUCAGUCGCUCUCAGCUGUUGGCUAUUUUGCCACUUGCAGUGGUGCACACAAUGGGAAAUCUGUUCACCAAUGUGAGUCUUGGAAAAGUGGCUGUUUCAUUCACUCACACCAUCAAAGCCAUGGAGCCAUUUUUCUCAGUUAUUCUAUCAGCUAUGUUUCUUGGGGAGAUGCCUACUAUCUGGGUUGUCUCUUCUCUUGUACCAAUUGUUGGUGGAGUUGCACUUGCAUCAAUGACAGAGGCUUCCUUUAAUUGGGCUGGGUUUUGGAGCGCAAUGGCCUCGAAUCUGACUAAUCAAUCUCGCAAUGUACUUAGCAAAAAAGUCAUGGUCAAGAAGGAGGAAUCCUUGGACAAUAUAACUCUCUUUUCGAUUAUCACCAUGAUGUCUUUUGUUUUAUUAUUCCCUGUGACUUAUUUUACCGAAGGUCUCAAGUUUACUCCUGCAUACCUACAAUCUAUGGCACAACAGGGAUUCAAUGUUCAGCAGAUGUUAACCAGGUCUUUCCUUGCAGCGUUGUGUUUCCAUGCAUAUCAGCAGGUCUCUUACAUGAUACUACAGAGGGUAUCCCCAGUGACCCACUCUGUAGGAAACUGCGUGAAGCGGGUUGUGGUCAUUGUCAGCUCAGUUCUCUUUUUCCGAAGUCCAGUCUCACCCAUAAAUUCCCUAGGUACUGGAGUGGCCCUUGCUGGAGUCUUUCUAUACUCACGCGUGAAGCGCAUUAAGCCAAAGCCAAAGACUGCUUGAAGGACCACCAAUGCAAAUUUUGUCGUUAGCUCAAAUAGCGAUCAGUCCAUUCAAUCUCAGUGUACUCGAGAAUAUCUUGCAGGUCAGGCAGGAACCAGAUCUUCUGCUUGCCCUGUGCGCUCUUUUUCUUCCUCUUUCCACUAUUGUUCUCCCACCCUGCUUCUGAUACUAUGAUCAGAACAGAUCCGGGAAUUAGUUGCCCCUCAAAGUUAUGUAGCUGUCCUAGACUUGAUAUUCAUCAGCUGUUUUGAUUCUGAACUUUGGAUACGAAAUCGAUCUGUAUCGGGUGUGAUUAGAUGAUUGUUUGUUGGAAAUAGAUUGGGUUUUUGGUA